AUGUCUGCUCCCCAGUUUGAGAACAAAGGCAGCCAUAUUAUGGCUAGAAAUGGAAGCUAUUUUCUAGUCAGGCACACCCCUCAUCCGAGAAGGGUCUGCCACAUCAAAGGUUUGAAUAACAUUCCAAUCUGUACUGUGAAUGAUGAUGAGAAGUUAUUGUGGGGUGUUGGCCAGUUCGGCCACUUAGAGAAGGACGAGAUGCCAUUUGCCAAAUGCAGUUACCCACCUAGCACUGCAGCCCUGGAGAGCCCCGUCAGAGAAGUCUCCCCAGCCCCCAACAGUGUCAAAGUGCCCCCACGGCCUCGUUCUGAGCCCUGUAAAAAAAUCGAGUGCUUCAAAACUUCCAGCGAGAAUCCCUUAGCGAUUAAAAAGGAAGAAAUUAAGGAAAAGGAUCCACCGUCACCUCCACAGGCAUGGUCCACUUCCGGCUCCUGUUCUUCGGAGGCGAUACAUACCAAGACUGACGUCAAAGAGAACACUAUUCGCAUACCAAACUAUCUGGAUCAGGAAAUCAAAAUUCUGGCAAAGCUCUGCAACAUUUUACAUACCGAUUCUCUGGCAGAAGUUCUACAGUGGCUGCUUCAUGCAAGUUCAAAAGAAAAAGAGUGGAUCUCAGCUUUGAUUCACGCUGAGCUGACUGAGAUAAACUUAUUGGCUCACCAGCGAAGAAACACCUCAGCAGAACCAGCAGCAGAAACUGGGAAGCCACCCAAAGUUAAAUCGCCCCUAAAUUCAACCGCAAAAUCAAAAGUGCUGACCGGAUCUAGGGAAGGACCUCACCUGGCCAGAGUAUCAAGUCAAGGAUCUGAAGGAAAUAAGGAAGUGCCGAAAGAGGCUGAGCACAAGUCCCCAUUGUUUAUAAGAAGAAAUGAGAUGAAAAUACCUAUUACAGAAUAUUUCAGCAAACCAAAGUCUCCUCCUAGGCCUAAAACUCAGGAGAGCAUAGCAACAAAAGCAGGUUCAGCAAGAGCAUACAACAAGGAGACAGUCUCUCUCCCCAGAGAGCGUUUUAUCCUGUGA